CAAGUCAAUAUUAAAUUAUUAAUCUGAAACUUUGUUUGAUGUUUAAGCGGAUGAGACGCUUUAGCUCUUGUGUGUGUGUGUCUCUGCGCGCACAUGUGUGUGUCUGUCCCCUGGCUACACACACUUUGAGUAAAUCCCCGCCUGACCCCAUGUGACGUCCCCACACAACGACACACAGAACUCCUGUUUGCGAUCAUUCAGUCCCGUCCUGUUCUGGCUCCUGUAAACAACAACAGAUGGAGUCUCUCAGUAUCAGCUCAUGAUGAAUCUUACUGGUUUUGUUGGACCACCUGACUUACAGAGCAGCAGCUGGCCCGGUCAGAGGCAGCAGGCCAGCAGCCAGCGAGUCCUCACGAGCCAACCCAAACACUGCUGUGGUAUUCAGCUCUGCUGCUUGUUUUUCACUGCGGACACAAAAACAACAGAGCAGUCAUGUUCUCUGGAGGCUGGAGAGGAGGACUUUGUUAUGGUCGGAGCAUUUUUAAAGCCACUCCUGCAUCUUGUUUUCAGCUCCAGAGGACAGAGAGAUGACCCACAGUGAAGAUGGUCAUUACACAGUAAUGUCAACAAGAUAAAACUUUAUUUACACGGUGUGGUUCAUGCAAAACAACGUAACAGUGUGCUUUUUCAUAAAAAGAAAGACGUUCAGGAGUCAAGAUAAACAAGUAAUGCCAACACUCUCUUAUACAAUGACGGAACAGGUCGAUUUCCACCAACUUCCAAAACGGCUUAUUCGACAGAGGGACACGUCUGGUCAGGGACGAUUCUGCACCAUCUUCAGAUCUUAUUCCAGAGGAGCACAGGGAGUUAUUCUGGUGUAUGACAUCACCAACCGCUGGUCCUUUGAUGGGAUCGACAGGUGGAUCAAAGAGAUAGACGAGCAUGCCCCAGGAGUGCCCAAGAUCCUUGUUGGGAACCGCCUGCACCUGGCCUACAAGCGUCAGGUGACCACGGAGCAGGCGCAGGUGUACGCAGAGAAGCUGGGCGUCACCUUCUUCGAGGUCAGCCCGCUGUGUAACUUCAACAUCACCGAAUCGUUCACCGAACUCGCUCGUAUCGUGCUGAUGAGACACGGCAUGGAGCGGCUGUGGAGGCCCAACAAAGUGUUGAGCCUUCAGGACCUGUGCUGUCGCUCCAUCGUCUCCUGCACUCCGGUCCACCUGGUCGAUAAACUCCCCCUCCCUCUGGCUCUGAAGUCUCACCUGAAGUCCUUCUCCAUGGCCAACGGCCUCAACGCCCGCAUGAUGCAUGGACGCUCCUACUCCGUCACCGCCAAUGCUCACCACGGCGCCACCAAGAGGACGGGAGGGACACUGCUGAAAAAACCCAAACUAAUCCGGCCGCCACCGCUGAGCCCGUCUGCACAGAGCUGCAGGAACAGCUGUAAAAUAUCCUAACAGCUGGACCUGUCAGUGAACGCACCAUCACCUGUUUUAUGACACCGAGGCUUUUUCUGUUCUUAAACCUCAGACAACGAUGAUGAUGAUGAUGAUGAUGACCUGCUACUUCCAACUGAUACUGCCAAGCAGCAUAACAGCAGGAGGUGGAAACAGAAAUAUAAAUCUCUCUCACAGGAACACAGAGCGCUCGUUAGCUUCUUUUUAACACUAGUUUCUGUUUCUGAGAACGAGCCUCAACCUCACAGUGUGUUGUUCCUCACAGAGUUUCCUUUAUUAGUCUGUCUAAGCAGCUGAAACUUUUUAACUCUACGCUUUAAAUGCUGGUGUGACGGAUGUUAUUAGCUCCAUCUCAUAUUGUUCUCGUACGUUUUGAAUCCAUGUUGUAUGAGGGUCAAGUUUCAGCCACCAAAUGUUAAAUUAAACUCUAUAUUAAGAUUCAAAAACUGCAGCUCCAGAAAGAUUUUGGUGACAGUGUCCUGAAAACACGUUUUAGUUGUGGUCGUUGAAUGCUGACAAAAUUAUUGGUAAAGCUCCAGUGUGUAGGGUUUAGGGGCAUAUAUUGGCAGAAAUGGUAUAUACUAUUAGUUUAUAAUUACAUCCCUAGAGCCAGUCUGUGACACCAGGGAUCAGCACACCCGGGUCCCUAUGAACCGAUGCAAGUCCCUGCGGGUGGUGGACCCACAGGCAGGUGGCUCCUUGUAGGUCAUUCAGGCUAAGGGCCUGUCCCAAUACCCCCCCUUAGCUCUACCCCUUAGCCCUACCCCUACAUUUGUGCGUUCCCACGAGGGGUAGUGGUGUCCCAAUUCCUUUUUGCGUGUAGGGGUAGGGGGCAUAAUGAGGGGUAGUGGGUAUGAAACUAGCCCUUCGGAGCGAGGGAUUUCACAUGCUGAUUUGCCAGCGAGGGGUAGACGUCGCCAUGGUUACCACCGAGCAAGAGACGGGGAAAAAAGUUCAUACAUAGCUAACGUUACCGUCGUCAGGUUGCUUCUUGUUAGCUAGCUAGCUAGCUCGCACUAUCUGGCGUCUGUCAUCUGUCCUGUUCUGCAAAAUUGCCUGACUUUUCACAUUACAAUAACACGCCAGCUAGUAUAACUAUGCUGCCUCAUAAUGAGACUCCAUUGUAGAUGCCGGUUGGAAAUGUAGAUGGCUCGCAGCUUCCUGUUUAAAAUAGUUAUGUAUGCGUGAACGUAACCGACGUGGUGACGUAGUGAGUGGUGUCCCAAUUCCUAGGGAAAGAUUUCAAACCCUACCCCUCGUUGCUUCAUUUUGAGGGCCAAGGGGUAGUGGGCAGGGGGGGGUAUUGGGGUUGGGCCUAUGUCUGACCGGGCACCAUGGCCUAAGGCCUGGCUGUUUUAAAUGAAUGAAAGCGUCUGUGAGUUAAAACACACUGAUGAGUUAAAGCAGUGGAACAGAAGCUAAACAAGAACGGGACGUGGAUGAGACCUCAGAUCUCAUGACAUACAUGAUGAUGAUUCACGUAAACAGCUGAAAGUCAAACUCUUCAUUAUCUACUUUUUAAGUUGUUGAUGAACUUUGGACAAAAAACAAAAUCACCCGAAACACUGUUAAAAACAGCUGUUGGGUGACGUUUGAUGUCUGUGUUGUUGUCGUGGAUUAACUUUUAAUUCACAGACGACUGUGUCGACAGGAAAUGUGGUCAGAGUAACAGGGUGAGGACUUCUGUCUGAAGCCGCCAUUGUUUGAAACCGAUGUUCAUUAAUUCACCAGUACCACAGAUUAUCGGGGCCACUGCUGGCAAACAAAUCUGAGGUUUUGAAUUUAAGUUGAAAUAUUUUUUGGAAAAAAUAGUUGAAAUUUUGAGAGAAAAAAGUGUAAUAUUUUUAGAGAGAUGUCAGUUUGUCAAGGAAAAAGAUAAAAGUAAAAUAAAAUUAUGAAAAUGUCAUAUUUUGAUGAAUAAAAGCAAAAAUAAAGGUGAAAUAUUACAAAACAAUUUACAGUUUCUGAUAAGUAAAAAACCUUUAUGUUAAGUACUGUUAAUAUAAAACAAAAUAACAGACAUCUCCCCCAAUUUAAUUAUAACACAUGACAUUUUGCUUCAACAUGAGAUAUUAAGUUAAAAAUAUGAGAUUGUAACUAAGUGAAAAUUUGUUUUAGUAUUGCAUUUCCAAAAUUAUUUGAUUCUCCAAAAAGUCAAAACUUUUUUAAUAUAUAUAUGUAAAAUUUGGGUCUUGAAAAAUUACAAUUUUUAUUUUUGCAAAAAACAGAUUUUUUCUCAUAAAAUUAGGACUUUUAUCUUGCAAUAUUUCUUUUUGAAAUUUUAUAACUUUAUAGUGGAAUUACUACGACUUUUUCUCACAAUGUUCCAACUUAAUUUUUGAAAUAUUUGUAGAGUUUUGAACUGAAAAUAUUACUUUUUUUAAUUUCAAAAAGUCAACAAAACAACUUUAUUCAUAUUUCACAUGAACUUUUCCUCAAAAUUUUACUUUUUUUAAUUACAAAUUUACAUUUAAAUAUUCCUGUUUUGUUUUUUCCUCAAAAUUUCAACUUUUCUUUUCCUGAAUAUAUUUUGACUUUAUUCUUGAUAAGUUUUUUGUUUUCCUGACAGUGGCCUGACCAGCGCUCAAACCACUGACUCACAGCAACAUGUUUGUGACUCCCCUCCACAGAGAGCUUUAAGACAUUAAAGGAAACUUUAGGAAUCACAAACUGAAGAAGAAAUCUGUAAAAACAAAUGACUUCAUCACUGCAAGAAGACGGAUCUUAUUAUUGAUGUUUAACUGCAGCUAAAUUUUCCUUUGACGCCUCUUUAACGGUGAGUUGUUGUGUUCACAGUCGUGCAGCUUCUUCCUCAGGAUGUUUUCUACUCACACAUAUCUGAACAUGUAAAGCCCUUUGGACACUGUAUUUUCUCUCAACACACUGAGAUCACACCCUCCUCUUCUUCAUGGCCUGAUUCACUGGCUCUCCAGACACACUUACAGCUGCAAUUUGUGUACAAUAUUUGUACGUAAUGUAAAUAUCACUGUUUGAUACGACGAUAAAUAAUAACCUGUGGGAUUUGUAUCUGUUUUCAGUGUACAGUGACGUUAUAUUUUUUCCUGAGUGACGCCAAAGACUCAGCUGACAGAGGAGGUCACUGAACAGACGGCUGUGUUUUGCACUGUUUAUCAAUGUUUAAUAAGAUGCACCUUUACAAUAAACUGUACCCACCGUGAGGCUGCGGUUUGUGGUCUAAGAAAUAA